UCUUACAAGUAUGUAAUACGUCAUGACAUAUUGGUCUGCCAGGGGCCAUGAAACUUUAAAUUGCUGAUGUUCUUUCACUUGAGUUGCGUUUGCAUUCUAAUUUGACAGACACAAGUUUCAGUGCGACACAUUAAUUUAAAUUAAAAAAAAACGACGCAUCGUGAAUAAUUUGUUAGAUGAGUUAGAACUUACUCGGCCAUAGCUGCCUAUCAACCAAAGAGUUCUCCCCUCAUGACCAUUCAAGCUUGACACGUCAGAAAUUCAAUCCUACGACAGUUGCAAACGGAGGACUUUCCUUUCGAUCCGAUCCUCACAGUGUACACUGUAAGAAAUGAGCCAAUAGUGUCAAUAUACCGAAAUACACAGACACGGCUUACUGCAGGCUGCGACUGCUGUUUGACCUGACCUUUCUUGGGCCUCACAACCUGGCCAUCGCAGCCUGGAGAUUAAAACCCGACUCUUUCCCUUGUUCCAAAUAUCUCUGAUUCUCUUUACUAGAACCAUCUCUGAGGAACCGACCAUUUCUUAAAAACCAACACAGAGUUGCAUAUAAGAACGGACCUCUAUCUCUAUUUCGCAACUAUACCAACCUCCCCACACUUCGCCAUUACAAGCGCUCAGACUUUACACUCAAUCCGAGAUUACGAAUAUCCACGGCGGCAUCACGCUUACGAGCAAUAAAUAGAGGACAUUUAUACUAGACAGAAUGGCCGAUUCUGGGGAAGGAUAUUGGAGCUGGAUGCAACAAAACCCGAAGAAGACUGCUGCCUAUGCGGCCGCUGGCGUUGCGGCCGUAGCACCGAUGGCUAUCGCCGGUCCGAUUUUAGGUGCUUUCGGAUUUGGAGCAACCGGUAUUGCAGCAGGCUCGGUAGCGGCCGGCGCCCAAACUGCGAAUGUAGCGGCCGGAAGUCUGUUCGCUAUCUUGCAGAGCGCUGGAAUGGGUGGCUAUGGAGUUGCCACUGUCGGCGGGGUUGUCCAAGCCGGAGGCAUCAUCGGUGGCAUUUUUGCCGCCUUGAAAAAGGCUCCCGAUCGCCGAAGCCUUAACCCUAUUGAGAAUACAUGUGAUUCGUUAAAAGAAUAUGACGACAAUGACGACAAUGACGACGAUGAUAGUAAUUCCUUAAAUUCUAAACCUAUGUCAAGAUACGACACUGUGAAAGCUACGAGCCGGUUCUGGGAUAGCUUUUCAAUUGAAGAAUUGAUAACCAUGGUGAAUUCGACGCCCCAGAUAGUCGAACGUCUCGAAAAAUUGAAGGACUCACUGUUGGGAUACUAAGUUCAAUAUACAUAAAUCCACCGCACAAGCAGCUACUAGGUCUCUAGGUAAUUUGACUAUUCUUACUUGGGGUCGAGAAUGAAAAUACUCUAGCAUGGAACUCAUAACAUCUUAGUACGUUGACUAUUGCCACGGUGUGUUUCUGUCAGGAUUCUAGAUGAGACAUCUAGAACAAAGGACAUGUCCAAUAUGAAUAGACGUAAGACCCUCGUAGUUAGGUAGUUUAGAGUUCCUU